GGCGCCAUUAGUGAGCGUAGAAACACCGCGACACAUGUGCGCUGUGCGUUAGCGUAGGCUUUCUACAUUUUUGAAGACGCGCUCGCCUCCAGCACGAUGCCGACUUGCUGUGCUGUUGGAUGUUCAAAUAGCGUUGCCAAGGGGGGCAAACUUUUUGCGGUUCCUCGUGGCAAACGAGACCUCAAACGGCGAGCGAUAUGGCUCCACCGUAUCGGAAGAAAGAACUUUGACUGCCACCGAGGGAGGCUUUGCGAGAAACACUUCACGGACGACCAGUUCGAACCAGUGAUUCUUGCGAGGACUGGCUGUAAGAAGUUAAAGCCCAAUGCAGUUCCCUCAAUAUUUCUGCAUCGGCCAGUUCCAAAAGAGCGAAAACCGCCGCGCAGAAGGGAAAAGGAAGCCGUUUAUGCUGCCGCCUCGGACAAGCCAGGGUCAUCUGCUGAGACGACCCCAGACCCUGAACCAACGUGCGACACAUAUACUGCUGCCUCGAACAACCCAGGAUCAUCAGCUGAGGCAACCGCAGAACCUGAACCGACUUGCGGCUCACCGAGUCAGUAG